AUGGCUCUUCAGGAUGUUUGUGGUUUCUUGGACACCCUUGAUGACACCAGCCCAUGUACUUAUCCACCAAAUGAGAUGGGAUACAUGUGGAGGACAGCGUCUGAGUUUGACAGAGAUAAUGCCUUUCAUUUUAUUUUCCCCUCUCUGCAUUGCAGCAGAAAAAACAGAGCACCAACUCUUUUCUCUUCAGCUUUCUCCAGUCUGUCACCUCAUCAGCAGCCCUUUCAGCUUUCACACGGUACCACAACUUUGGGUUUUAUAUUUCAGGAUGGCGUGAUAGCCGCUGCGGACACUCGUGCCAGCUGUAAGGGUCUAAUUUGCUGCCCAGCAACUCAAAAAAUUAUGCCUAUCCACUCUCACCUGGUGGUCAACACCUCAGGUAGCGGUGCUGAUUGUAUGCUGUGGGAACGCAUCCUCUCCCGUGAGCUGAGGCUUUAUCAGCUUCGCCAUCGCAAGAGACUAAGCGUCAAUGGAGCAGCAAAAUUGCUCUCCAUGAUGCUUCAUCCAUUUAAAGGCACUGAUGUGUGUGUGGCAGCUACUCUAUGUGGAUGGGAUGGGGAUGAAACUCUGGAAACCCUAAAUCCCUGCUUGGAAAUUGCCGAUGUUAAGGAAGCAGUGGGACAGGAUACCAGUGAAUCCACAAUUUCAGAUUCAGCUAGUAUGAAGACGGCCUCUGUAAAUGAGCAGAUUGAGAUCUUAAAAGACGCUCGUGCACUGAAUUCAGCUGUGCCAGAUCAAAAUGCAAAAAACAUGCUCUCUGCUUUUGGAGGACUGUCUGGUCCCAGGGUGUGUUAUGUUUGCAGUGAUGGCCUACAACUGAAAGGAGAGAUAAUAUCAGUGGGCUCAGGGUCACCCUAUGCAUACGCUGUGCUUGAUGAUGGCUGGAGAUGGGGGAUGACUGUGGAUGAGGCAGUGGCACUGGCCCGGGAGGCUGUUUUCAGAGCCACUCACUGGGAUGCCUACUCUGGAAAUAAUGUAGACCUUUUUCACAUCACUGCCCAUGGCUGGCGACGCAGAGACAGAGAAGAUCUGAAGGAGGAGUACUACAGAGAGAGGGAGAGAAAGAAGAAGAAGAUCAAGGAGAGAGAGAAAGAGAGACAGAAAAGAAAGGGGGAUGAGCUGAGGGAAGGUGAUAUAUAUUCAGUACACUGCGGAUAG